UUUUCAUAAACAGUUGUCAGUGUCAAGAUCGAAAGCACAUGUUUGUGACAGAAUCAAUUCAAUUAGCAAUCACAAAAGACAUGGACCCCAGCAAAAUCAAGGAAAAUUUGGAAAGCCAGUUGUCUGAAUUGGAAACUCUCCAGUCGAUGUACAACCCGGGGGAACUCCGAGUUGAAGAUUUGAAUGUCUUGGCAGACAUCAACGCUUUUGUUGACGGUCGUACGUCCGAUUUGCCCGCGUAUUUGGAUUUAACGCUCAAUCUUUCAAUCGAUAAGCAAAAAUUCGAGUUGUGUAUAAAUCUCUCGCACGAGUAUCCCGAUGUCGAACCUGAUAUCUUCGUCCGUAAUCACAAAUUGAAUAAAAAGCAGCACGCAACGCUAAAUAAGGAUUUGACCGAGUACAUUGCAAGUUUAGACCGAAUGCCUUGUAUUUUUUCGGCUGUAACUUGGUUACAAGACAAUGCUGCUAACUACAUUAUUGUGGAAGAAGUGGACGAGCAACGAAUCGAAAAAGAUGAGACUCUUGUCAGAUACUGGAUCUACUCUCACCACAUUUACAGUAAAUCAAAACGGCGUGAAAUCCUCGAUUUGGCUAAUACUUUAAAUAUAACCGGGUUUUGUAUGCCCGGAAAACCCGGAAUUAUCUGCGUGGAGGGAACGAAAAGUGACUGUACUGAGUGGUGGCAGACUAUCAAAGCGAUGAAUUGGAAACGGAUUUUUUGCAAAAUUAGUGAAGAGUGUAAAGAUUCGGGUGAGAGUUUUUUAAAGUUUCGGACUUUUGAGGAACGGGUGUUCCAGAAUUGUAAUGUAAAGUGUAAUCAUAUGAACAUGGGGGAGUUGUUUAAGUUUCUAGAGGAUCAUCAGUGUGGAUACAUUUUUAAGGACAUUUUUGGGGUCGAGGCUAAGGCUAGCUCUUAAAUGAUUGUAUAAAUAAUAAUGUAAAAACUCACCUUUUAUAUUUUUUGUAAAAUUAUCUAAUAAACUGCGUUUUUUCUUA